AUGGCCGUCAGGAGUCCAUGGACAGAAUCGCUGUUUUCUCUCAACGCCCGUAUCCUGGCCAUCGCAGGCAUCUUCGCUCCCCCUCGGUCCAGACUGUACUUCCUGUACACGGGAUGGAUGUUCUUCACGCAACUUAGCUUUAUCAUGGGCCAGCUACAAGGCCUGUGGUUCUUCUGGGGCGACAUGGACAAGAUAACCCUCGACAUCUGCCUGCUGGUAGCGGCAGUUUUGGGCGUCAUUAAGAUCGUGACUUUUCUGCGGAAGAAAGAGAGCUUUCUUCGGAUCACCAACAAACUGGACGACUUAACAGCGCGGCAACUCGACGCCGGUGAUCCGGAGACGUGCUCCAUUUUGGACGCGUCCAGGAAGGCGGCCAGGUCGCUGACGGUGUACGUGACGCUGCUGGGCUGUCCCUCCCCUGCCGUGUGGACGGCUUCGCCCUACCUCAUGGCCCUGUUGGGUGCUGGGUCGUCCCACAGGAACCUGCCAGCCGCCGCGCGCUACACGGCCGCCGACACCGACAGCCCGCUUUUCGAGUGUCUGACGGCGCUGCAGUUCUUCAGCAUGCAGUACAGCUAUUUCACCACUGUGGGCGUCGACAUGCUCAUCGUCAGCAUCAUGGUACAUGCCUCUGCGCAGCUCGAGGUGCUGAACGUCGUAUUUGGCAGACUCGGCAAGUCAGUCAGCGCCAGGAACAGUUACCGGGCGGACAUCUACAGCUCUGGUACGAGUACCUCUGUAAGCUACCCAGUAUCAGGUCAAGAAAACAGCCCGGAGACGUGGAGGAGGAAGAAGUUUUACAAAGAACUGCGCGACUGUAUUCGACACCACCAGGAUGUCAUACAGUUGGUUGCAGACGUGGAAGAACUCCUUACAUCUAUGAUUCUGACUCAAGUUAUGGGCGCCACUCUCAUUAUCUGUGUGACGUUAUUUCAGUUCGCCACAAGCUCGCGGAUCGCGGAGUCUGCCUACUGCUGCGGCUGGCCUGACGCGCCACCCGCCCUGCAGAGGUCUCUGGCGGUCGUCAUCUGUCGCGCGCAACGACCCCUGGCGCUCACUGCCGGAAAGUUCUACUACGUGUCGCGCGCCACCUUCAUACAGACUCCUCUGCUGCUGGCCGCUCUGCCUCCCGAAGACCGCACCCUGACUCACUGCGACUUCACACACCGCACUCUCAGUUGCUGGCUGCCGCUGUUAGCGUUGCUGACGCUCGGAGUCAUCCGCUACCUCAAAGGCAUUUUGCAGCCCCUGGAUCCACGAGGCAGUGGGCUGCUGUCGGCGCACCCCAAGCAGAGCGUGCACUACUCGAACCUCUAG